GCCUGCUUCUUGUCCUCACGGUUGCCUAGCUGUAGAAGGCGCGGGGAGGGCGUCGUGGCGGCAGGAGUGACAGUAUUGGCAGGCGGCUGGGGCCAGCCCUGCCCCGCCAUUUGUUGGGCCGCCACACGCUGCCUGGGGCUGGGACGAGCGUUUGGGGGUGUGCACGCGUGCCCGGGCACCGCCGCGGCCUGUGUACUUGCUGUGGGGGGUGAAUGGCAGGGCUGUGAUGGGGCACUGAAGGGCCUGUGUGGUGGGCUCGGUGGGGUGCCUGCUGGGGCCCGCGGCGGGCGGCGCGCCAGGCGGCCGCGGCCCUGCCCCACACUGCCUGUAGGCUUUGAAUAACAGAGCAAGAUGAUACAAGUGGGGAUGUUCAACGUUCCUCCGCCUCCCAUCCCGGGGAAGCCCAUGCCCCCGCCUGGAGGGGGGCCGCAGCCUUUCCAGCCACUCACCUUCAAGCCCUUCAAGACCCCCGAUGGAGAAUUCGAUGGCAAGCGACUUCGCAAGAGUGUCAUGCGAAAGACCGUGGACUACAACUGUUCCGUGACAAACAUGCUGGAGUGCCGCGUGUGGCAGCGGGACGAGAGGGACCGCGCAGCCUUGCAAGCGGAUGUCUGCUACGCCUCGGAGAUGCUGCCACCCAUCGCCCACCCCAUGAACCCCAUCAAUGCGGUCGUCACCAAGUUUGUGCGGACGUCAACCAACAAAGCCAAGUGCCCCAUUUUCUGCUUGGCCUGGACUCCUGAGGGUCGUCGCCUGGUCACUGGUGCCUCGUCAGGGGAGUUUACCCUUUGGAAUGGCCUCACCUUCAAUUUCGAGACCAUAUUGCAGGCCCAUGACAGCAGUGUGCGGACCAUGGUGUGGUCUCACAAUGACCAGUGGAUGGUGACUGGGGACACAGGAGGGUUUGUUAAGUACUGGCAGACCAACAUGAACAAUGUGAAGCUGUUCCAGGCACACAAGGAUCCUGUACGCGGCCUCAGUUUUUCCCCAAGUGACCAGAAGUUUGCCACUGGAUCUGAUGAUGGAACUGUUAGGAUUUGGGACUUUUAUCGCUGUUAUGAAGAGAAAGUUCUCCGAGGCCACGGAGCUGAUGUCAAGUGUGUGGACUGGCACCCCUCGAAGAGCCUCCUCGCGUCCGGCAGCAAGGACAACCAGCAGCCCAUCAAGCUGUGGGACCCCCGGACGGGACAGCCUCUGGCCAAACUACAUGCGCAUAAAAGCACAGUCAUGGACCUAAAGUGGAAUGCCAAUGGGAACUGGCUUUGUUCGGCAUCCAGAGAUCACUUGCUCAAGCUCUUUGAUAUCCGAAAGCUGACAGAGGAAUUCCAGGUUUUCCGAGGUCACAAAAAGGAAGCUUCCUGCAUUGCCUGGCACCCCCACCAUGAAGGCCUCUUUGCCAGUGGAGGCUCUGAUGGCUCUAUACUCUUCUGGCAUGUAGGGAAUGACAAGGAAGUGGGUGCCAUUGAGUCAGCUCACGAUGGCAUCAUUUGGGACCUGGCCUGGCAUCCGCUGGGCCACAUCCUCUGCUCUGGCUCCAACGAUCACACCUCAAAGUUCUGGACGAGGAAUCGGCCAGGAGACAAGAUGAGAGACAAGUACAACCUUAACACAUUGCCGGCUGGUGUCCUUGCUGAUGACUCCAUGGAUAUAGAUGAUAUUCCCCUCAACACGAGCCUGACCUCCCAAGGCGUCAUUCCUGGCAUGGGUCCCGAUGACAAGAUAGAGGAGGCCGAGUCCACAGGUCCAGAGACUAUUCCAGGUCUAGAUUUUGACAGCUCUGCAUUUGACAGAUUUUCAAAGAAGACCCCGUACGCCAAGCCUAUACCCAAGACUUUCCAGGCAGCUUGGAACGCCGCUGGAGGCCUGGAGGAUGAAGUGGAGGAGGAGAACAGUGCAACGAGCUGGGUCGUGACGGACAGCGCUGGUCUCUUCAGUCUGCCGGCCAACCUACCUGGAGAAAUGGUCUAUACUGAUGAUGGCGACGAGCUACCACCAGGCUCAGUCCCUCUCAACAGUAUCAAAGCUAACUCCAUUCUUUACUGUGGCUUCCUGAUUCCUCUGAAUAAAGUGUGUGGCGAUGUAAUUCAGACUGCUUUUGGCACCAUGGAGGAGGAAGAAGCCAUUGCAGAGGUGACCGGAGACGCUGAAUUUGCUAGGAAACUCAUCAAGGAAAAGAACCAGCUCAUCAAUCCUAAUGCAAGCAGUGAAGAGCAGCCACCAGAGAAGAAGCCCGGCGGGUUCCCACAAAAUCAGUUCAAUGAGCCAAAUCCUCAGACCUUCAACCCACCACCCAACAACACAAACACCAACACCUUCCCCACUCCGGCGCCUUUCCCAGUCACUCCCCCGAACUUCGGCGUCCCUACCAACAGCCCUCGGAACUUCGGGGUCGCACGGGGGAACUUCCGAGGCAUGCCUGAUGCGGCGUUUGGCCGGGGGGCGCAGCGUGGGAACUGGCCCAUACGAGGAACACCACCACCACCACGAGGGGCCCAGCCAAUGGGCGGACAACGGUUCCCUAAUGACCAGUUCCACCAAGGCUUCGAUAAUAACAAGGAUUGGCCCUUUGACAACCAGAACAACAACCGGGAUAACAACCUGAACAAUGGAGGAGAGAUGGAUGACCGAGGAGGGAGCGGCCAACCUUGGAUGAGGGGUCGGGGAGGCAGAGGUCGAGGCCGGGGCAGCGGCUUCAAGGACUACGAGAAGUCAGAGGAACGAGAUCAGGGGAACUGGGGCGGCAUGAACAACCACUGGCAGAACAGAGGACCACCGCCAGUCCAAGGGGGUGACAACCAGGAUAACAUGUCCACCAACCGUGACCAUAUGGGUGGAGACCGCGGUGGAAACAGGGGCUUCGGGGGUGGAGGAGACCGGACUGGAGGUUUUGGUGGCAGUGGAAAUGACCGGGGCGGUGGUGGUGGCGGUGGUGGUGGUGGUGUGGGAGACUGGCAUGGUAAUGAACACAACUCCUGGGGUGGGAAAGGUGGAGGGUUCGGAGGGAAGGACGAUGACUAUAACAGUGGGAGAGGAGGCGGAGCAUGGAGAGGAGGACGCGGCAGGCCAUUCAGAGGAGGACCAGGAGGAGGUGGUGCCGGGAUGGGCGUUGGUGGUGGCAGUGGUGGUGGAGGAGGGGACUUUCAGAGGGGUGGGUGGGGGGGAAGGGGGAUGGAUUUCCAGAGAGGUAGGGGGAGAGGGGACGACUAUCAGCGAGGGAGGAGUUGGGGAGGGGGACCACCUGGUAGGGGAGGGAUGGGGAAUGAGGGUCGUUGGGAAAGAUUCCAGUAGUUUAUGUGCAUGUGUAAAUACUAGAUCUUUGAAUAUUUAAGUUAUUGAGUUGCUUGACAUUAAAAAAAAAAAAAUUGGUGUUCAGGUUUGUUUAUUUUUUGCUCUGGAUUAGUUUUCAGACGGUAAAUUAAUCUUUUGAAGGCCAACAUAGACACUAGGAGGAGGAGAACAUUAUGACUUAAUUAAGGUGUGUAUAUAAUAUAUUUUUUUUAUGCAACGAUGUCUUUAUUUUGAGUCUUCAUUUUUGGAAUUAGCGUACUGUUCAGUUUUCAAAUAUUGUGCUGUUCAGUUUUCAAAUAUUCUUCCAUUUUCACUUGAUGUGCGAGAGAACCUUUCAUGCCGCAAGCACUUCUAUAACACUGUACAGUAUAGAGGAACAUUCCCACAUCAUACUGAGCAUCAUCCAUUUCAGCAUAUCUAUUUUGUCAUCAUCAUCAGAAAAUGUACAAAUUUUACACAUAUAUCAUGCUCUAUUGGAACUGUCCAGAUUAUUUUUUGUGGUCAUAGGAUAUUUAUUUGAUCAUACUCCUUCAGACUCUAUCAGUCUUUUUACCUGUAAGUAACACUUGAGUUUCAGCCUCCAGUUUAUCCACCAAAGUGCAGAGGCAUGAGGAGGGAAAGGGAACUCUGCUCCUCUCAAGGGAGGCGUCGUAAAGGAAUAUCAGACAAAAACAAAAAACAGUUUUAUAUUAACUUAAAGAUCCUUAGGGAUUCCAUAUCCAGAAUGUUGUCAAAUAGCUUGUGAAAACAAAUCUGGUAGAGAAUAGUGUUAGACGAAUUAUUCAAAUGUCAGGAAGACUGACUUCAAAACAUCAAAGCCAACAUGGUGGAAAGGACUUUAACUAAUGUUCUUCAGAAUGCAUUGUUCUGAGUAAGCAGUCAUUUAUGUAUUUGAAGAUGAUCAUUUGGGUUAUUUGAUGUCCUUGAAAACACUUCAGCCAUCAAAAUGAUAAUAUCAAAUAUAUUCUCAGCUAAUUUACUGCUCAGAAUUGGUUCUAAAAAGAUGACAUUGAUCAUAACUUUCACUUUUCUUUGCAUGGCUGAGUUUUCUUGCAUCGUCACACUUUUCACCAUCCGUUUGCUCAAGGUGGCCAUGUUCUCACGGAAACCAAUGUGACUUACAGUAUUUUUAAGAGUAAACAUCAUGUGAAUAGGAAAUAAAAAAAAUAAUGUCA